UUUGCAAAGUGUAUUACUACUGGACAAGCCAUGGAUUCAAUGACAUUUGACAGCAGCAACAUCAUGAGAAUGAAGAUUGCACUUCAACUUUUAGAGUUUUAUGAAAAUAUGAAACAAAAGGAGAUACUGAUUGACAAUGAUACAAGCAGUGAUGAGGAUCUUCCACAAGUAUUUCCAGAAUCAAACAGACAAGAAGUUACAAAGAAAAGAAAAAUAAAUCACACAUUGGACUCAAUACUUGAAGAACACCGAAUGUGUAAGAGGUCUGCGUCAACUACAAAAUGUAUCACACAUUGUAGGAAGAAAAAGGAAACCACUGAAAAACACUAUGAAAAGGUGAACAAGACAUUGAAUGUGAAAAUGGAAGAAACAGAAGAAAGUUACCCAAUGUGCUUAAAAGAAAAUCUGAUUGAAGAAUGGGACAUGAAUCAGAUUGGAUUUCACAAGAUUGACGCAAUCAAUGAGUGCAUUAAUGUUAUGAAGGAAGUAGUCCUAGACAAUCCAAAUAUACAUGAUAACCCAUCAUCAAGGACUACACCACUCCAGGCUCUAUGGCACCACCAAUUCCCAUGUAAAUAUUUUACUCAACCAAACAUAAAAGAUUGCAAAAAGGACAAGAAUGUAGAGAGCCAGUAUGAAACUGUACUUCGAAGAAUACCAGAUGAGAUACAGAACUUCGUUCUGAAAAAGGUCAUGGAUUCAUUUACAUCACGCAAAAAACCACAACAAGUUUGCCAAGCAUGGGAAACUGAAUACCAGAUACCAAAUACAAUUGAGAUUAUUAGCAAGUCAUUAAUGGAGAAGCAACAUGUUAGAAAAGAAUAUUAUUUCCAAGUUAUUCAGAAAACUUGUUUUGUAUUAUUGGGCAUGAAAUUGAGAAGCAAGAUGAAGAUGACAACAGUGGAUGGUACUGAACAGGAAGAGUUUAUUGAUGUUGAAAACUAA